AUGGGCGAAUCCGAGUCCGUCGAGCACCGACCUCCACUGCUGAACCAAAGUCCCAACAGGCACUCCGCACAGAAGGCGAUGUGCGACGGGAGAAGGGAGGCAGAGGACAAAUACCGCCAUGCCAAGAACGGCAUCUUCGGCAAUAGGAGAACCCCGCACACACCGGCACAAGAACAGCAGACAGCAGCUCUGGGACGACGUCAGUGGAUGGUAAGAUGGCCGGAAAGGGAAAAGGGCAAAGGGCAGGCUAUCGACUACACCAAAGGAUUGAAGGAUUCCCUCCACGCAGCCAACCUCGCCCAGGACCACACACCAGCAGAGCUUGCUCCCCCUCCCCAACCGGCCACAGAGCACUUCGACCUCCUAUCGAUCACGCACCCUGACAUUGCCCAAGUAAGCACCUUUGUCGGCAGAAGCCUAGUGAAACUGCCGGUCCACUACACCCAGCAUGUCCUCUUGACAUAUAUCUCCGACCGGGUCCAUGGAUUCUUCAUCCACAACAUUUAUUACCCACCAGCCGUCAUCGAGAACUACGGCAUCGGAGAUUUACGCAAAACCAUUCAGAGGGCAGACAGCGUGCCGCGGCAGAACCACCACAUCGCUGUCGGGGGCUUAAUACACACGAUGGCCUCGGGGCUGCGAAGCUUCGAAACGACCCUCGACCUCAACCUCUUGUCAUGGGAACUCCCGGAGAAACUGUGGCAUGUACGAGUGGUGGAAAUAUCGGGCCUGCCAGACCACCUGCUGAUCGAAAGCGAAUUUAAGACUGCCCUCACUACCCUCACUACCGGACAGGCAACACCGAAGCAGAAAUGGAAGGAGCUUGACGUCGAAAACCUCCGCACCACGCUGUCCCUGCAGCUGACAAGCUUCCCCUUAGUCAACAAACCACAGAAGCCACCGAUACAAUGCACUCUCUCGCCGGGGAUCGACCAACGAGCGUCGUUUGCUGCCAAAGGAAGCCCACCGGGCCCAAAGCGGGAUUCUUCUGUUCCAGGAAGCGCUCUACCAGCCCGCACGGGAACCAAUAUAGCGGGUAUUCCGCCACAAGAAAGCGGUGACCCGCAAGCGCAUCAAGCGCUAGAGGAACCAGACCGAUCUGAAACCUCUCGAGGUGGGCAAGGAACCGCUGUCCCUAUCCGACACUCACGCCACCCCCAAAGGCCCGGACCACGCACUUCGCUCUCUCCCAUAACAGAAAGCCGCACUACUUACCCAUGCCUUCUUCUCGGUCCCCCGACAGCAUCGCUGGUUGACAUCGAAGGCUUCACUUACCCCGAGCCGUGGCCAGUCCCGCCAAUCACGGCGACCAAAGUCUGGCGAGCAAUCUACCGCCCCGGGGCCUUCAAAGUGGGCGGGCCUGACGAUAUCCUGAACGGAAUCAUGCAAGCCGCACCAGCAGCACCAUCAGACCAACACACACCAAACCGGCUUUUCCCAGUGUUAGAAGACCUUUACAACAACUGCCUGGGCGUCGGGUACUGCCCGCAGCACUUCCGCGAAGCAAAGACAGUCGCCCUCACAAAGCCUGGAAAGGACGACAACAAGCCGAAACGAUACCGGCCAAUCGUUCUGUUCUACACCAUCGGCAAGGUCCUCGCAGAGGUACUCGCCUUGCAGCUCAGGUACCUUGCCGAGAAGCAUGACCUGCUGCCCCACGAACACUUUGGCAGUCGAAAAGGCCAGGGAACAAAGACGGCACUCUAUGCAGCUUUGGAAAGUUUGGCUGUAGGCCGUCGAUAG